AUGCGUAUCUCCGGUGUCUCCUUCUUUGCUAUCUUGUUUGGCCUGGCCAACGCUGCACCAAAGCUACAGGCCAACCGCAAGACCCAGCAACACACGUCCACCAACACCAUAUACCAGACAGACCUUGCUAGUGUCUCUUACCAUGGUCACGUCCCGACAUCUACCGUGAAGAACACUGUGUUUGCUUUACCUGUGGUCAUUCUUUCGACCACUCACUCUACGACUACCGUGACACCUGCCCGUAUCACUCAAACUCACACAGACUUGUCUACUGUCACUGUGUCGGUUACUGCUGCUGCCAGUACCGAUAUCAUUUCGAUCGUCUCCACUGAAUACGAUACUACCACAGUGACUGUGGGCCAAGACGAGGUCACCAGCACCGUUUCGACGGAUACCACAACGACCGUCACUUCGACUUCUACCGUUUCGACCUCCGCUGGCUUCACCCCUAUUGCUUCCUCCAUUGCAACGGCCGUUCCCGCCAAGCGCGAUCUUGAGGUGUUUGAAGAGCGCUCGCAGAAGCAGACUUUUAACCUCAAAAACUUCAAAUACCCCAAGUCUGUCAAGUGUACCCAUGAAAUUAUCGUGGAGGUCAUCAUUAUCGAGGUUAUCACUGGAUCUCCCGUGACCAAAAUUCUUCCCGCGAAGACGACCACCACCACUGUCGCCAGCACCGUCACCUCGACCUCGACCAUCGUCCCUGCCGAUGUGUCUACGACCCUCACUGAGAGCACCACCUCGACUAUAACCAGCGUGUCCACUGCCCCUGCCGUGACCACAGUAGUCACUUCAACCAAUACUGUGACUGUCUCCACCUCGACCUCUGCCUUCGCAGCCUGCGCCACAAACAACAUUGGCGGUACUCCCCUUGGAUCUGACUUCGGUUCGCUUGUCGGCGAGUACAUCUGGGAGGUUGAGUUCAGCAGUCUUCCUGGUGCGACUAUCAAGAGCGGUAACACUGCUUCUGCCUACGACUGCUGCGUCAGCUGUAUUGCGGACACCACCUGUGCGCUCAGCAUUUGGGAUAUUGACUCUUCCUCCAACAAGUACUGCACCCUCUUCGAUACUACUACAUGCUCCGCCAGUGAAAGCUAUGUCACUGCCUAUGUUGGCAGCACCUUGAGCGUUAUGGAGGUCUCAAACGGCAACUGUGGUCACGCUAAGCUGGGCUCUGGUUCCGGCUAA